CCGCUGGCUGUAACGCUCUGCAUCUUCGAGCGUCUCUGCACUGUGUCUGAGCUCGACACACACCUGCUCUCGAGACAUGCACCUGCCGCAUCACACAUUUAUACAUCCGUUCCUCAGACUGUAAACACGUUCCAAGGGUUGACCUCUGACCCCACCUCAGUGGGCAAAAGCUCGGAAGGAACAGCACGGCAUUAUGCGACUAGGAAGUGAAGAUAAAAUAAGUGGAAUGUCAAGACAUUGGCUUAACGUUCAGUUCUGAAUCCUUUGCGAUCAAUUCUAAUUAAGAGAUUGAUUAUUUACCCGUCUGUUAGUUGUGUUAGCGACUAUGAGUGAGAGAUACCUUGGGACUCCAACAGACACCACCUAGAAGCUGUAUAAAUUUCCCUUCACAUCCUGGUCCUCCAGGACUGGUGUCGUUGCUAAUGUAAUGCUUGUCAUGGCAAGCGUGACUGAUGCGGAGGAGUCGGCAAGCGACUGUACCACACCAAUAGUGAAACCGCUUCCAUUUCAGCCCUCUACAACCUCAACGAAUUCUCCUAGUCAUGGACAUGACAGCACUUCUUGUCCUCCACCACCGCCUCCGCCUCUUCCUCCUCCACCCCAGACUCAACCGCAUGCUUCACGCAAGAAACGACGGGUGCGGAGCUUCUUCUGGAAAACCAUUCCAGAGGAGAAAGUUCGGGGGAAACCCAACAUUUGGACUCUAGCAGUGAGACAGCAGCAGUAUCAGAUUGACGUGAGGACGGUGGAGGAGCUCUUUGGGCAGCAAGAGGAGGUUCGAGCCCAGACAAGCAGUGGACAUCCUCGUCCCGGGAGAUCCAGAGGUUCAUUUAAGGAGAGCAAGGAUCAGAUCAGCAUCUUGGACUCCAAGAGAGGAAUGAACAUUGGGAUUUUCCUCAAACAGUUCAAGAAGUCCAAUCAUGCAAUAGUAGAAGACAUUCGUCUGGGCAACAGUAAGCAAUAUGGAGCAGAACCGCUGAAAGAACUGCUCAAACUUCUACCAGAAGCACCCGAGGUGAAAAGACUGCGGGAAUUCAAAGGAGACCCAAAUAAGCUGACACUGGCUGAUUCCUUCAUGUUCCUGUUGAUUCAAUUGCCUUGCUAUGAAGUGCGUAUUGAGGCUAUGGUACUUCAGGAAGAGUUCCUCCCGUCCUGUGCUGUCAUGAGUCAUGAGAUUAACAUUGUGCGUCAGGCUACUGAAGAACUAAUGACUUGUGAAGAGCUCCAUGCCAUUCUACACUUGGUUCUCCAAGCAGGAAACAUCAUGAAUGCAGGUGGCUACGCAGGCAAUGCUGUGGGCUUCAAUCUGUCCUCGCUUCUCUCUCUGGCUGACACGAAGGCCAACAAGCCUGGCAUGAACCUGCUUCAUUUUGUGGCACUAGAAGCUCAGAAGAAGGAUGAAGCCCUUUUGAAGUUCCCAGAGAAGCUAACACAUGUUCAGAGUGCAGUCAGAAUUUCAGUAGAAAAUAUAGAAGCAGAGUUUUCCUCUCUCUAUGUAAAAACACGUUCCUUGGAGCAGAAGAUUCGGGAUGAUGAUGAGCUGCGACAGCAGCUAGAUCCAUUUUUGCAGAGCUCUACACAGGCCCUGCAGGACCUUAAACAUCGCAGGCUGGACUUGCGCAAGGAGGGUAAUGCCCUCAUUGACUUCUUCUGUGAAGACAAAGACACCUUCAAACUGGACGAGUGCUUUAGAAUUUUCCAAGAUUUCUGUCUAAAGUUCAAAAAAGCUGUAAAGGACAACCUGGACAGGGAACUGAAAGAGGAAGCUAGACAGCGGCGCUUACGGGAACUGGAAGAGAGACGGUGUGCCUGGGGUGCAGCCAAUGCUGAGGCAGGUAGUAGUGAAGGUUUUGGUCGCAGCAGCAGUGAAAAUGAUGUUGACAUCCUAACCAAAGAAGGCCUUCUGGACUUCCUGCUUCAAUCAAGACCUCAAAGUCCACACAGUCCUUUGGGGCGCUCGGCUAGUGCCCGCCGUUACCAUCACACAGAGUUCAGCUCUCCGUCUGCAGCAAGUGACUAUACGAAAUUCAACAGCCUGCCACGUUCAGGCAGGAACCAUCAACGAAAUACAUUGGCAUGGCUUCUCUUACAGGAUGAUAAUAGGGAGCUGGGUCCACAAAGUCAGGUUUACCAUGAAAAGCUAGCUUCUUCAACAAAGGCUGAGACAGAACCCAUCAGUCCUUUAGCUAGAUACUCAAGCUUUGGCUACAACACGAACAAUGGUCCCUACAAUAAUAAUAAUAAUUACACUUCUCUCUCAGAAGGUGGAGUUACACCACGAAUAAGUAACACAAAGCACGGGAUACCUGGUCAAAGUGUUGGACACAUAAAUGUCUCAGUGGAGAAACACAAACUAGUUCCAGGUCUUCUACCCUUUGAGAUAACCAGCCAAAUCAAUAAUAACAGUCAUGUUUCUGUGGAUAACCAGUGUGAAGUGGUUGUAACAGAUUUGAGAAGGAAUGAAAACUCUCCCAAAUUAUUUGUCCUUGAUACGCCCCCAUCUAGUCAAAGUUCUGAGGAGGGACCUAAACCAGAGAAAUUAUGGAACGACAAAAUGAUCUCAUCACAGAGAGAGGAAGCAGACUCGAGUACUUUUUCCUCAACAACUUGUGACACACCGUUGCCUCUGGAUCCCACUGUUUCCAGUAGGAAAUCUGUGUUGUAUGUCAUGGACUGCACUGAGACGGAUUGCUCCAUUGUGUUGGACUGUUCCGAGAUUGAGAGUUCUCCUAACAUAAAAGAAAGAUCUGAACUUAACCCAAAGCCACAGGAAUCCAACCUCCCAAGAGUUAUUCAGGACACCGAUUCCCUUUCCUCCAAUUUUGAGUCCAUCGAUUGUCACUUUGUGUCAACAUCAAUUGAUGAACAUCUCGCGGGAAUGGUCAAUCAAGCAUGUCCAGAAUCUGUCAGUCCGUCUGUAACUGCUGAGGAAGGAGAGACAGAUAGCUGUGACACAGCUGAAGGGCGAAGAGUUGGCGAAAGAGCAUUUGGUAGACCCAAAACAAAACUUGUCAAAACCAAGAUUCCAUCGAAAGUAAUUGCUCAUGCAAGCCGCCCGACAAGAAACCUCACAGCAACUGAGACUCAGAAUAUGCGCAAAGUGGUGCCAAUUACAAGACAGAAUCGAUCUAGUAGCAGCAUGAGGAAAGCCGAAAAACCUCCUGAAAAUAUUGAACCCAGACGUCCACUUCGUGACCAAAGCAUGCCAGCCAGAAGAGGCGAGAGGCAAGGUAGACCUACACGGCAUUCAAGUCUCCCUCCAGAGGAUCCCAGAGCACCAAGAGGAGCAACGCCAAGCACCUCUCUGUGGGCGAAGGACUCGGCUCAACACAGACCUCCCAUUAAGAAAACGAAUUCCAAAACUGUUCGAAACAUUUCAAAACCAGCACCAGAGGAAAAGAUGUGUCGUUCCACGAUGCGUGCCUUGGCCCAAGCUCAAGCCCAAGGAACCUCAGAAGGACAAACACCUGACAGUCCUAGCAACACCCCGAAAAGUUCUUCGCCUUUGCCUAGCUUUGCUCGCAACACUGUAGCAUCUUCUUCCAGAACUAUAAAAGACUUGCCCUCACCUGCCGUAUCAGGAACACCAUCAAAGAGCGUAUCCAGGAGUAGCUCCCAGAGAUUGCCUGGUGGUAGAACGGACUCUGUCAGUAGUGGACCUUUGCCAAAGAGUGGGGAUCCAUCUAUUAGGAGGGUUCAGAGUGUAAAGGCCUCCAGUCGAAUCAGUGAGACAACUCCUUCAGAGUCUGGACGAGGGCGUUCCCUUAAAAGUAGCAGUUUCUCAGAGAAAUCCAUGCAGAUUAGAGACUCCAUCUUGAGCAGGACCAACAAACCCACAUGGAAGUAGAGUGAACAUAUUACACAGUGGCUCUGUUAAACAAGGAUGAUUGUUUUGGUAGAGUGCAGAGGCACAAUAGCCUCUUAAAUUAUUCUGAAUGUAUCUAAUGACUUUUUAAAUUAAAUGUAGCUGAAGUUGUGUCACUGGAUGCUCAGUCGAACAGAAAGUAUACUAUGGUUUUUAUGUGUACGAGAAGGUCCACGUAGAGUGAGUGUGACACAAAUAUCUUCAACAGAAUAAGUAAGCACACCACCUGAUUUUUGUAACUGUGCGAACUUUACACACAGGUGACGCGUGCAUUGAAUUUAUUUUGCACUAAUCAGUUGUUCCACGAGGUGGAAGCACUGGCCCAAGCCAUUGCUUUACAGUAGAAAAUUAAACUAAAAAGACGAAACCACAUUGACAAGCGCAUGCAUGAGGAGAGCAGUAACUUUAGUUUAACCUGUUAGCGUUCCACGGUACACGGCGUGUUUUAGGCGAUUUCAGCUAAUUUUACAGGAAUGCUAAGGGGUCAAAAGAGUGCAUAAUAAUUUUAUUGCUAAUAACUUCUGGACGACAAGAAAGCUUUGACUCUUUCAUAAACCCCUCACACAUGCUCUUGUCAAUGCUUGUUGCAGUCUCUUUAGUUUAGUUUUCUGCUGUGAAACAAUGGCCCGGGCCAGUGCUGCCACCUUGUGGAACAACUGAUUAGUGCUAAACCAAUGCACAUGUGUGACCUGCAUGUGCUAAUGGAUGAAAGUUGUGUCACGCGCACUUUACCCUCGUGUACACUUAAAAUCAAAGUAUACUUGGCCUUAAGAAAGCAAGGUGGGCUUCAGAUUUUUAAGAAUCACGUGGGCUACUGUCACCAUUUGACAGCACAUUUAGUUGCACUUCCACAUCCACACGAGGAUGGUUUUCAUGGCCUUGUCUUACAUAUGCUUGAUACAUUUUCAGCUGUCACAGAAAACACAUCAAUCACAAAUUGUAAUUAGUGUUAGAUUAACCAUAUAUAUUAUCAUCUCUAUUAACUUAAAGAUCUUAUGAGCUGUUCUCACAAAUUGCUGUAAAUAGAAGACACUUUGUCAUACAUCCAUAUGCUUGCUUUGCAAUUUUAUAUAAUGUGUAGUAAAUGUAACAUUUCCAUUAAAACAGCUUAAUGAGCACUUAAAGAUUCAUCCACAUUUCACUUCAAUGUUUUCUGUGUAUGAUGACAAAUCAAGCUGAAGACUGUUUGAUAAAUGUCUAUGAAUGUUAUCCAAAUACACCUUAGUGUAGCUGAUGCAAUGAGUAUUACAGCUAUAGUAUAGUAGUUAGAAGAUGCCUCUCCAGUCACAGUGAUGUUUUUGGAAAUGUUAAAAAUCGUUGCUUGUUUUCAAAUUGCCUUUUCAUGCAGGGUACAAGCUGCUGUACACUGUCUUGCUGCUGAUGACACUAUAUUUGUCACUUCUCUGUGAAUAUACUGCUGGCGCUUUCUUUUUAAAGCCAUACUGUUAACCGAGAGUGGCAAAACCUGGUGCUAGAGGAAAGGCUAGUUUUAGCCCAAACUUUUGAGAAAGCACAGACACUGUAUGCAUCAAAUAUUCUCACAGUAUCUGUUUGACAGAUAGUCGACAAAAGUAUGUGUUGCUCAAAACUAACAAAUCAGUGUUAGAAUAAGUGGCAACACUUUACAAUAAGGUUCUAAACAUUAAUGCAGUAGAUGACAUGAAAUAAAAAUGAACUAGGGAUGCAAGAUAUUAUCAGAAAUUUAUUGAAAUCAGCCGAUAAUGGCUUAAAAUAUGAAUAAUUAUGCUGAUACACUUUGCUAAUAAGACGAGUAAGUUGCAUGUACUCAGGGUGUGACAGUGAUAAGAUCAUGUCAGCAGUGUGGUUAUGAUUAAAUAAAGCAGUAAUUAGUCAUAAAAUCACAAGAAUGGUUUGAUUUAAAGCUCAGAAGGUAAAGCUUAUACAAAUAAAAAUCACAAACAAGAUACUUGUAAAUUCAAUAAUUUAUAUAUAAAUACAGAUUUAUUCAUUAAUGUGUAAUAUGUGUUUUUUUUCAACUGAAUUAUGAAAACUGUUUUGCUUUAGACCAUCUACAAAUAUUAAAUAUUCAAAUAAAAUAAUUAGGUUUGCUUUAUAAUUACCUUAUAGUUAUUUUCAAAGCUUUCAAUGUAUACUCAUUAUAAACAAACUUCAUUGUUUAUUUAAAUCUCAAAAGUAAGUUUUAGUUCAAACUAAACUAAUCAAAAUGUAAAAAAAAAAAAAAUGUUUUUAACUCUGUACAGGAGAGACUUAGUGUUGUUUCCAGUCUAAUAUAUCAAUGUAAUAUAUCAAUGUAUCUGCAUUGACUAAAAUGAGUUGAAAAAUUAAAAAAAAUUGUGCAUCCCUACAAUUAGCGUCUAGGUUACGUAUAUAACACUCCCUGAAGGAGGGAACAGAGAGUUAUGUCAGAAUAGUCCCACGAAUGGGGCCUCGCCCAAGAGCCCAAUCACUUUUGAGAGGUAACAAAACAAGCCAAUGGUACGCUAAGUACCUUGGUAUGCGGGUUUUGCAUCGCGAGCUCCGCCCCACUGUGUGGGUAUAUGCACAAGCACAAGCAUUGGGACAGGGUGGAGGAUUCCACUCAAGCCCAAUGCUCUCAGCUGCCCAGGAAAUCACAGCUGUCAGCUCGUGACGCGGUGAUCGACAUUUGGUCUUUCUCCUGAGCCUCGAUUAAGAUGCUGAGGUCCUGAUGAGAGGGUCCAGCAAACUCGUUUGGAAACUCAACUGGCUGUGGCAUUUGUGAAGGGGGUGUGGCCCGAGGAGGCUGACUUUAGUUACCACUCGAAGGUGAUUGGGCUCUUGGGCAAGACCCCAUUUGUCAGUCUAUUCUAACGUAACGUCUAACGUAAACGACUGAUAGGGAACCAUAUUUUACUUCAUUUAUAAGUUUAGGUUAAUAGUAAUUUCUAUAUGCUAACCCAUUUGUAGCCAGUUUAAAAAAUAAAUGUUAUAAAUGAACAUAAGUUGAACAAUAGUAUAUAAAUAAAUUUACAUGGACCUACUGUAGAUUAAUACAUGCUAUAAAAGUUGUUCUUCAUUGUUAGUACUAGAUACAUAAUGCAUUAUCUAGUUGGUUAGUUAACUAAUUUGCAUUAAUGAUUUGGAACCAUAUUGUAAAGUGUUACUGGUUAAUCAUAAUUAGUGGUGAUUAGUGGAAGGCCUUUACAUGCUUUUACCCAUCUGCUAUGUGUGUUUACUUUUCAAGCUCCCACCGUGUUGGUAAAGGAGGGCAUAAAUGAUAUACUCAAAAUGGUUGAGUUAUAUAAAAUUAAUAUAAAUACAGAAACAAAAAUGAAUAGGUAAACAUUAAUAGAUUGUUGUCAGCUGAUGAAAUCAAUACUGAUUUCACAAAAAUCUUAAUUUCUACCUCUAGAAUCUUUUGCCACCUCUGGUUCUUAUGUUCUGAUGGCUCACUCAUCAAGUGAAUCAUUGGCUUUCACAAAGUUCUACAGGUGUACCUCAGUUACAAUGCCUUUUUUGUUUGUUUUUAGAAAGGUUUAUGUAUUGCUAUAUAUGUAUAUUUAGCGCCGCCGGGUUAACAUGCUUUAGAACGCAUCCAUGGCAACAUGGUGAAGUCUGACACAAAGGAAUCCUUGUUCCAGCUGUAGACAGGAGUUUAACCUUAAGCAAGAUUACUUUAAGCUAUAACUCUGAAAUUAAACCUAAUGUGUAUUUGUCCAGCCAGACAGAUGGGUAUACAUGUCAAUGUGUUGUACAUUUUAUUGAUAUUGCUCGAAUUUUCUAUUUUGAAUGUAAUUUCUGAGCCCUGUCUUCUUGUAGAAGUACAAUCAGUAUAAGCUAAUCAAUAAAAUACAUUUCCAUCCACGUA